CCCCAGUCUCCCGAUUCGCCGGCCUUUCCCUCACCAUGAGGCCGUGGCACCUUGCCGUUGCCGCACUCGAUAUCGUCCCGCUCGUAUUUUUAUGUGUCGGUACGCAACUUCUUCUUCUGGCGCUCCCAUCAACGUGUGGGUUGUGUGCAGCGCUGGAGUCGGAGAAAUGGGUGCUUUCGGGAGUCGGGUCCGUAGUGGAUUCACCAUUGUCCUUUUCCUUCUUCGUCGCUGGCAUUGUUUGCCUCGGAGUAUCCGUGUGCGGCAAGUGAGUGCCAGCAAUCUUCAGUAGGGCAUCGUGUAUGGCAUUCUUCUCCGCAUGUAGCCUCCUCAUGUCAUAUUACGUCGAGGACCUCCGCAUCGUGCUGCUGUCACUUGUCGGUGCAAUCUUCCACUGCGCCGUUGUGCUGAUGGUGUCUCCUAUAAUUGUCUCCUGGCGGAUAGCGCAUUGUUUUCUGGCGGGUGGUACGUGCCCGGAUGAGGGAGAGUCGCCCUUCUUUGUCAAACUCACCACGCCAGCCAAGUGGAUUGCCUUCUUUCUUCUCCUCAUAGGUAAACCAGUUGUCACGAAUGCUAUCGAUCCCUCUGUGUACCCGUGAUGUUUGCAUACAGGCUAUGGCUACUGGUUGGGGGCGAACUUCUUGGAUGAAGGCAGGCUCGAAUUUGAGGAGGCCGGCAUCCUAGGUGGGCAGAUAGAUAGGUGCUUGUGUGUAUACACAUCUGCACGACUGCAUGUCUACAGCGACGGUUGGUAUUGGUCUCAUUAUCCCUUCACUGGCCAUUGAGCAUGUGAGGCUGUGUCUCAAGGGCUUUCCCACCAAGGACGUUCAACAGCUCGGUGAAGAUAUAGUAGCAAGUAUUCCAGCUAGAGUGUAAGACCGGA